CCCUUCUUAACUGUGUGUGUGGAUGCACCUGAUUUUGCACUUAAGCUUAAAAGUCACAGGUUUACAAUGUUUCUUUAUUAAAUGUUCUUAAUGUGUGUAUAUUUAUCAUUUAUUAGUAAUGUUUCAGUUUUAUGCGUCAAUAGAGUUUUAAUAUCUGCAAAUCCCAAGAACAAUAAAUUUUUUUUGUCAAAUUUUCUAAUACAAGUACACUAAUGAUAAACCUAAUCUUACUGUCUAAAGGUAUUCCAUAUUUCAUAUAACAUAUUCCUCAGUAUAUUAAAAAUGUGUGUUUUAUGUGAUAUAUAUAUUUUUUGAAAAUAUAUAUAAUUUUUUUCUCCCCAAUUUGGAAUGCCCAAUUCCCAAAGUCCUCGUGGUGGCGUAGUGACUCACCUCAUUCCGGGUGGCGGAGGACGAAUCUCAGUUGCCUCCGUUUCUUAGACCGUCAACCCGCGCAUCUUAUCACAUGGCUUGUUGAGCACGUUACCGCGGGGACAUAGCGCGUGUGGAGGCUUCACGCUAUCCACCACGGCAUCCAUGCACAACUCACCACACGCCCCACCGAAAGCGAACCACAUUCUAGCGACCACGAGGAGGUUACCCCAUUUCACUCUACCCUCCCUAGCAACCGGGCCAAUUUGGUUGCUUAGGAGACCUGGCUGGAGUCACACAGCAUACCCUGGAUUCGAACUCGCGAACUCCAGGGGUGGUAGUCAGUGUCUUUACUCGCUGAGCUACCCGGGCCACAUGUUUUAUAUGAUAUUAAAAUACUAUUGAUGGCAACUAAAGUAACAUGUUAUCUGUAAAUGAGUAGUUUACCGAUCCCACCAAUGAAACCAAUGUAAACAAAAAUUCUGGCACAUUAUUAACAUAAAUAUAGAAUUAACAACACAGCCUGAUCAGUGAUAGCUGCUGGUUUUGCAUUGAUUAAGGUGGUAUAGCUAUUAGCUUUGUAAAAACAUCACAAAUAAACUAUUUGGAAAACUAUUUUUUCUUCUCCAAAAAAUACUUUUACUGGACAUUGGGUAUAAUCCGAUACAUAGAGAUAAUACAUUCUGAAUAUUAAUAUUCUGAAUAUUUUAAUGUUUGCCAUUUUAAACCAAACAAACCCAACCAAAUCAGUUGUUUUGUCUUAGAAUCGAAUAUGUCUCUUAAAGUCCCUCUCCAUUCACAGGUUUAACCCCUAAAAACUCAUCUUUAUUUAAUUUUUUUUCCAUGAAAAUAAUCCCUUCAUGCCUUAAAAUGGCUUGGAUAUAACUCUACACCUUUGCCUCAUUUAGUAUGCACAGAUCUAUGAAUAUGCAAAUUAGUCCCGCCUCAUCUCCACUCACCCCUGCACUGCUUACCUGCAGCUCAGGCUCACUGUGUCCCCAUGAUAAAUUGAUGGAACCGUGUUGAGCUUCAAAAUAAGUUUAGUGGCAAAACCCAUCUGUUUUUGGGUAAAAUUUUCAAAACAGUUCUCUGGAAAAUGACUACUGCAAACCCGAGUUUUCUCUGGAAGUUUUGGUGGGACAGUACGAUUUUUCCAAAUAAACUGCACUCAUUUAUCUCAGAUUUUCAGAUCCUUUGGUAAUACAUGAAGGCUCACCAGUUGUCCUUUCGCAACUUUGCAUCCGAUAUGUAGCUCCACCUGGCUUCUCCUAAUACCCUUGCUUUGCCGUAGCGUAUGCUACUGUUAUGGAAAGCCCCACCCCGCAAGUUGACAGGAUUGGUUUCUUAGGUUUGUGACGUAUGAAACACUGGCUGUCUGAAUCCGUGUUUUUGAGAUUGUCUUUGGUACACUGCAGUUCCAAGGCGAAAAUGCUCAGCCAUGGCGUUGACUGCUGAUUUCACUCAUGUAAAAGUGAAUCAGAUUCGGAGCAAGAUGCAGUGCAGAAGAACGUGGAGCAGCGAGCGGAAGAGAAGGAUGGACAGAAAAAAGAAGAAGAGGAUAAGCCUGGCAUGUGGGAGGAAACAUUUAAAUCUCACAGUGAUUCAAAGCCCAAUGGUCCAACAUCUAUUAGUUUAGAUUUUUCCCUACCUCGGGUGGAACAUGUCUAUGGCAUUCCAGAACAUGCGGACACCCUCAAACUAAAAAGCACAGAUGGGUCAGACCCGUAUCGGCUUUACAACUUGGAUGUUUUCCAGUAUGAGUUGCACAAUCUAAUGGCUCUGUAUGGGUCAGUUCCUGUGCUCAUAUCUCACAGUACUGAGCGCACCAUGGGCAUCUUCUGGCUUAAUGCAGCAGAGACAUGGGUGGACAUCAGCUCAAAUACUGCAGGAAUGGGCUCCAGUGAAGCUCCUCAGACUGAUGUACGCUGGAUCUCUGAGAGUGGCAUUAUUGAUGUCUUUAUCAUGCUGGGACCCAAACCUACUGAUGUUUUCACUCAAUAUGCUUCACUUACAGGCACUCAGUCAUUCCCUCCGCUCUCAGCACUGGCGUACCAUCAGUGUCGCUGGAACUAUAACGAUCAGGAGGAUGUGAAGGCUGUUGAUCAGGGCUUUGAUGAUCAUGACAUUCCCUAUGACUUCAUCUGGCUGGACAUUGAGCACACAGAUGGAAAGCGCUACUUCACUUGGGACCCCAUCAAGUUCCCCCAGCCCAAAGACAUGCUGCAGGGCUUGAUGGACAAAAAACGCAAGCUAGUGGCCAUUGUGGACCCUCACAUUAAGGUGGACAGUAGCUACAAGAUUCACAAUGAGAUUCGCUCGAAAAACUUCUAUGUCAAGAACAAAGAUGGAGGAGACUAUGAAGGCUGGUGCUGGCCAGGUAAUUCUGGCUAUCCUGACUUCACUAACCCUGAGAUGAGAGUGUGGUGGUCCAGCAUGUUUGCCUAUGACCAGUAUGAGGGAUCCAUGGAGAAUCAGUACAUCUGGAACGACAUGAAUGAGCCAUCUGUGUUUAAUGGGCCUGAGGUGACCAUGCACAAAGACGCUCGUCAUGGUGUUUGGGAGCAUAGGGAUGUUCACAACGUUUAUGGCCUCUAUGUGCAAAAGGCGACUGCAGACGGACUGAUUCAGCGUUCAGGAGGAAUGGAGAGACCGUUUGUUCUGACUCGAGCGUUUUUUGCGGGGUCACAGCGUUAUGGUGCGGUGUGGACAGGAGAUAAUGCAGCUGAAUGGGGUCAUCUGAAGAUCUCCAUCCCCAUGUGCUUGAGUCUGGGUUUAGUGGGCAUCUCUUUCUGUGGAGCUGAUGUUGGUGGUUUCUUUAAGCAUCCCAGCACAGAGCUCUUGGUGCGGUGGUACCAGGCGGGAGCUUAUCAGCCGUUUUUCCGUGCACACGCUCACCUGGACACCCCCCGCAGGGAGCCCUGGCUGUUCGGCCCAGAGAACACUGCACUUAUCCGGGAGGUGCUGCGCCAGCGAUAUGCCCUCCUGCCUUAUUGGUACCAGCUAUUCUACAAUGCAUACCGCACCGGACAGCCAGUUAUGAGACCUUUAUGGGUGGAGUAUCCUGAGGAUGUUGCUACUUUCUCAAUUGAGAACGAGUAUUUGCUUGGGAAGGAUUUGCUGGUGCACCCUGUUACUGAUGAGGGGGCUAGAGGCGUUACUGCCUACCUGCCUGGGAAGGGCGAGGUUUGGUACGAUGUUCACACAUUCCAGAAACAUGAUGGGUCUCAGAGUCUCUAUAUUCCUGUCACCAUGAGCUCAAUCCCAGUUUUCCAGCGAGGAGGGUCUAUUAUCUGCAGGAAGGACCGUGUAAGGAGAUCUUCCUCUUGUAUGGAGAAUGAUCCAUAUACCCUCUAUGUGGCUCUCAGUCCACAGGACUUUGCUGAAGGAGAGCUGUACAUUGAUGACUUCCAUACAUUCAGCUUUGAAAAGGAGAAGCAGUUUAUCCACAGGCAUCUGUCUUUCUCUGCCAAUACACUGUCCUCCAGAAAUCUGGCCCCAGACUCUCAUUUCUCCACUGGCUCAUGGAUAGAGAAGAUUGUCAUUAUUGGAGGCAGCGGGCCAUCUUCUGUCACUCUGAGAAACGCAGAUGGUAUAGAGUCAGCUGUAGAGUUUGAGUUUGACUCUGCGACUGCAGUAUUAACUCUACGCAAGCCAGGGGUCAAUGCAGGGGCAGACUGGACCGUCCUUCUGCGGUAACACAAGGAUGGACACACAAACAACAGGUGGAAGAACAGCACUUAGAUGACCAGAUGCACGAACAUAAAAAAAAAAAAAAAAAAAGUCCAGACGGAAAACGGAAAUGAGCAGAGGAAAUAAUUGAGAUUUGAAUGUUUUUAAGAUGAACUGUUGACAGUAUGAUUUAUGAUAAAAAUGAAUGGAAAAUAUGUAUUGGUGAUGUUUGUUUGAGGAAAUUGUAGGGGACCAGAAAUUAGAGAAAUUUUUAAAAACACACUCUCUUAAACGUCACAUGAUUCAGUUCACAUGAUAGGCUGCGAAUAUUAGCAUUUUUCCUUUAAAUUUAGCAAUUUAAUAAUUGGUUGGAAGUUAAAACAGAGAAAAUAUAGAGGAAGUUUUGUUUUUUUUGUCUCAGGUCAUAAAGUAUUUUGGAAUUUUCACCUCCAGGAAUGCAAAACAUUUUACACUGAGAAACUAUUAUAUUUUCAUAUUGGAUUAUUGACUGUGCUACUUAAUUUUAUUUGUUUUUAAAUUGGUUCAUAUAGGAAAACUCAUUCAUAAAGGGAUUGGGUUGGGACUUCCUGCCAUUAAAAGCAUCACAAGUAAUUUGUGGCCAGUUUUUGUAGGACAUAUUAGGCUUGGUGUUGAUGUCAAGUAAAUAAAGUGUAUACAUAUGAAAAUGAAGUAAUAUUGCCCACAUUAACCCUUAAACAAAUGAGCCAAUGAAAAAUAAACGAGGACCUUUUUUAUUUUAAGCUUUGAAGAUUAUUUGUUUUUUGGGGGUAAUUCUUUUCAAAGAUACAUCUGUGCUAUUACAUAUUACUUUGUUUACUUGAACAUGUUCUAGAGCCCAGGAGUGAUCAAUUAGGAAAAGUAUUUAGUAGCAGGGUUUUUAAAUCUGGAUCCUGAAAGUUAAAACAGGCUUCAAUAGUGACUUCUAGGUUUGUUUGCUAAUGUUUGAAAUAGAAUAAAGGGUUGGUACAAUGACAGAUGUGACCUAAACAUUCUGAAAGAUGAAAUAAUCCAAUUGAUUUCAACAUUAUGAAGUCUGAAAUGAAAACUGAAAUGACUUUCUGAAAGGUGUAAAAGAAAAUGGACAAAGAAAUAGUAUUGCUUACUUGAUAACAUGAAAAGUGUUGUCAUUUUAAAGCUAUCUGGCUUAGGAAAGAGUUGGUGAAAUAAAAGGCUACAUUUC